GCAGCACGGCUAGUGGUGUACAAAAAUCAGUUGGCAGGCGCAAAUAAAAAAAGAAACUGUGUGUUUUCGGGAUUUCAUUUUUUAUCAUCAUCUCCCCCUCCGCCCCCGCGAUUCGGACUUGGAUUCGGAAUCCACGCUCCGCCUGGCCACCUGCUCCUCCGUUCCGGGGACCAUGGACCAUCACACGUACGCCAAGAGCGGAUCAAAAAAGUGGUCCGCGGAUGAGAAACGCGAUUUGGUGGUGCAACGGAUUGCGGCGGAUGAGCUGUUCUCGCGGUAUUCGCCCAAACACGCGGAGCCAUGGAAGAAAUUCAAGGACAUGGCCAAGAUCGGCGACUUCAGCGAGAUAGCCCUGCGCAAGCAAUGGUUCUCCAUGGUGCAGCGCUACCGCAUCCACAAGGCCAACGCACUGGGCGCCCCGCUGAACAAGCAGAGCAUCGAGGAGCUGAACAAGGAGUGGGAGUUCUUUGGCUCCAUUCACGCCUACAUGAACCAGAAGACCGCCGACCUGCACUCGUACGCCCUCAAGGAGCCGAAUGUGGAGCCGCCCAAUAACAACCUGGCCAUCGCGAGCGUCUAUUCCUGCGACGAGGCCCAGCUAUCGCCUCUGAUGCUCGGCGUGCUCAAUGAUCACAACUUUGGCGAACGCUCGCCGCCCAAUGGCGACACCACCGACGACAUGGACGACGCCACGUCGCCCUGCCAUCGGAGUAGCAAUCACAAUAAGGACGGCAACAACGAUGAGCUGGACAGGCUGCUGGCCGAGGCCACCAUGCGCAAGGAUGCAGAAAGUGGAGGCGGAGGCGGCGGCGGCGACGAGGAUGUGUGCAUGCUCCAUCUGCACGAGAUGGAAUGCGGCCCCGUGAUGAUUGGUGGCGAGGUGUCGCUAUCCAAUAGUCGCUACAACGACUUCGAUGAGUCGGUUGUGAAGACCGAGGAAUUGGAGCAGCCGCCGGUGGUCAAAACAAUGAAGAAACGCCACCAACGCAAGGUGCUCAGCGAGAAGGACAAGUAUUACAGGCACCGUCGUCGCUACGAGCUGCGAAUGGAGAAGCGGCUGAUGGGUUUGUGCACCGUGGUGGGUCAACUGCUGAAGCAGUUUGCGCCCCACAUGGAUGUCCAGCCGCUGUUGUCACUGGGCAGCGACAUGGCCCCAAUGGCCAGCAGUAGCAGCGAUGAGGAGGAGAACGACGCGGAGGACGACGCGGAGGAGGAGGAGGAGCUGGAAAUCGAAGCGGAGGACGAUGUGGCACUCAGAAUCUGAGCCACUCAACUGUUUUGUGUUAGUUCCUAGCUUUUGGAUCGAGUAUACCGAGUAUGUGUGUGUGUUGUGCGUUCGAAUCCCAUCUCAAAAAAAGGCUCUAUUUAGAUAGACACGUUAAGUGAUAACGAAAAAAACUGAAUACAUUAAUCAAAUAUGAAAGAAUGUAAGCACUAGAUAAGCAGAAAGCAAACCAAAUACAAUACGUAUGGAAAUGUAAA